AUUAAAGUUUGCUCGGGUUAAUGGCAACCUGCACUGAGAUUCAAAGUUGAAGUGUUGGAAAAUGCAUACCUUACUCUGUAAUGUGUGUUGGACUGGGUCUGAUUUAAUUAAUAAACUGUAAACCCGAAGCAUAAAAAUAUUAAAUGUAUGAAUACCAGGAGAAGGUUGCUCUGAGGAAAUUCAACACGCAUAACAAACCGAUUUCGCCCCCCACAUUUGUGAAGAUGCAGUAUUUGUACGUUGUACUUCAAAGGGGAUUAUUAAGUGUUCAGUCUAUUCUGUACUCGCGAUUUAACAACCAAAAUAAAUUAUAUAAUCUGCCUCACGAUCGGCAUACAAGAUUAAAAAAUCUAAAAUCAGACAUGAAGACGAUCACCUAGACGGAAUGGAGCGUUCACAUUGCAGUCAUACUGUCGAUCGGUUCCUCAACUCGUUAAAAUGGUUGUUUUUUAAAUAAAAGUGAAAAGGCUUGCGUGCGUCAAAGUGAUGAACAUGACCGAGUGUUUGCAUUCCGUUUGCAUUAAUCCGAGUUUCGUGCUUCCUUCGCUCAACCUUAUUUUGCGGAGAAAUACCCCGCUGCUCGGGCUCCCACAUCCAGCAACGUCUGCCCCCUAAAACCCAGUGACAUCAGCGGGCAGGAACCAGUAGGAAACUGGGCCAGAGGAGAUGGGGGCUGGAAACUAGGUGCGCGGUCCCGUCCGAGGCUGGGCUUCAAAAUACUUAUCAAUGGGAGCGGAGAGGUGCCACUGCAAUUAGGAUUUUAUACGGGAGGUCCGCAAAGAGAUGCGCUCUUUGGUAACACCGGGGAAUAUUUUUAUUUUGAUUUCUCCUUUUUGCCUUUUUUAACUUUCAAAAUGAACUUUACCCAGAAGUUUGAAAACUAGCGAAGAAAAGGCGCAUUAUUCGGGUAACUGGUUGCCCGUAUUUAUAAUCAUUUUGACAGAAGCUUUUUAACAUUUCAUAACUUUUGAACCUUCUCUUGCUCCGUUUUCUCUCUUUUUUCCACAGUCUCUCAGUUUCAAUGGUGCUGAAGCAACAGAUCACCAGUGGAAAUUAUCGUCAGUUUUCAGAGUUCUAUCAGAAGUUGCUCAGCUGCAAUAAGCUAAUUUGACUCAUUCAUGCGCAUCAAUUAGGUGGCGUCCAGUUUUCACCUAUCAGCGGGAAUUAAGGGACUUUACAAGGUCACCGACCACCGUCGGAUUUUUUUGUAUUUUGAUUUGCGAGACGUUUCUUUGUUAAAGUUUCCCUUCGGCGGACGGGCGGGAUGAUGCUGCCGGACGCGCAGGCUGCACGCUGGCCGGCGAUGCUUGCGUGCGGGCUGCUGCUGCUCGGCAUCGCCGUGGACGGAUGCCCGCACAAGUGCAGCUGCUCGGGUCCCCAUGUGCAGUGCCAGACUCAGGGCUUUAGGAGCGUACCCAAGGGGAUCUCCAGGAGCGCCGAGAGGCUGGACCUGGACAGGAAUAACAUUACCCGGAUUACCAAAGUGGACUUCUCCGGCAUGAAAAACCUGCGUGUUCUGCACCUGGAGGAUAACCAGAUCAGUGUGAUCGAGAGGGGAGCCUUCCAGGACCUGAAGCAGCUCGAGAGGCUGCGUUUGAACCGGAACAAGAUGCAGGUUCUUCCGGAGCUUCUCUUCCAGUCUACGCCCAAACUGGGCCGCCUGGACCUGAGCGAGAACCAGAUCCAGGCCAUUCCUCGCAAAGCCUUCCGGGGGAUCACUGCUGUCAAGAACCUGCAAAUGGACAGCAACCACAUCAGCUGCAUUGAGGAUGGAGCCUUCCGCGCCCUCCGCGACCUCGAGAUUCUCACCCUCAACAACAACAACAUUUCCCUCAUUCCACUGUCCAGCUUCAACCAUAUGCCCAAGCUGCGGACUCUGCGUCUGCACUCCAACAACCUGCACUGUGACUGCCACUUGGCCUGGCUCUCCGACUGGCUCCGGCAGAGGAGAAGCCUGGCACCGUUCACCCAGUGCAUGACCCCCGCCAACAUGAGAGGUCUCAACGUGCCCGAUGUGCAGAAGAAGGACUUUGUGUGCACAGGCCCUACCCAAGCAGAACCUCGCACCUGCGCACCUCAGGCCUCGGUCUGCCCGGCGGCCUGCACCUGCAACAACAACAUCAUCGACUGCCGUAGGAAGGGCCUUACAGAGAUCCCUGCUAACCUUCCCGAGGGCAUUGUGGAGAUUCGCUUGGAGCAGAACCUGAUCAAGAGCAUCCCUGCCGGGGCCUUCUCUCUCUACAAGAAGCUGAAGAGAAUAGACCUGAGCAAGAACCAGAUUUCCGACAUUGCAGCUGAUGCCUUCAGUGGCCUGCGGUCCCUCACCUCACUGGUCCUGUAUGGGAACAAGAUCACCGACAUCCCCAAGGGACUCUUUGAUGGGCUGGUGUCCCUGCAGCUCCUGCUGCUCAAUGCCAACAAGAUCACCUGCCUGCGAGUGAACACCUUCCAGGACCUCCAGAACCUCAACCUCCUCUCACUGUACGACAACAAGCUGCAGACCAUCAGCAAAGGCCUCUUUGCACCCCUGCGGUCCAUCAAGACCCUACAUUUGGCCCAGAACCCCUUCAUGUGUGACUGCCACCUGAAGUGGCUGGCCGACUUCCUGUUCGACAAUCCCAUCGAGACCAGCGGCGCCCGCUGCUCGCACCCGCGCCGCCUGGCCAACAAGCGCAUCAGCCAGGUGAAGAGCAAGAAGUUCCGCUGCUCAGGCUCAGAGGACUACCGGAGUCGGCUAAGUGGGGACUGCUUCCAGGACCUGGUGUGCCCUGACCGCUGCCGCUGCGAGGGCACGGUGGUGGACUGCUCCAACCUCAAGCUCACGCAUGUCCCUGCCCACCUGCCAGACCACACCACUGACCUGCGCCUGAAUGACAAUGACAUCGCCGUCCUGGAAGCCACGGGGACCUUCAAGAAGCUUCCAAACCUGCGCAAAAUCAACCUGAGCAACAACAAACUGCGUGACAUCCGAGAGGGGGCCUUCGAGGGGGCAGGCAGCAUCCAGGACCUUUUGCUGACGGGGAACCGGCUACAAAGUGUGCAUGGGCGCAUGUUCAAGGGCCUCACAGGCCUAAAGACACUGAUGCUGAGGAGUAACCUGAUUAGCUGUGUGGAUAACAGCACCUUCACUGGGCUGAGCUCUGUGCGUCUGCUCUCCCUGUAUGACAACCGCAUCACCAGUGUGGCCCCGGGGGCCUUCAGCACGCUGCACUCGCUCUCCACCAUCAACCUGCUGUCCAACCCCUACGUGUGUGACUGUCACCUGGCCUGGCUCGGAGCCUGGCUGAAGAAGACGCGGGUGGUGAGCGGAAACCCUCGCUGCCAGAAACCUGCCUUCCUGAAGGAGAUUCCCAUCCAGGACGUGGCGGGACCUGACUUCACCUGCGACGGUACGGAGGAGAGCAGCUGCCAGCCGGCCCCGCGGUGCCCAGAGUCGUGCGCAUGUUCGGACACAGUGGUGCGCUGCGGCAACCGGGCGCUGCGCUCGCUGCCCAAGGGCAUUCCCAAGGACGCGACGGAGCUAUACCUGGAAGGGAAUCUGUUGACCUCAGUGCCCAAGGAGCUGUCGAGCCUCAAGCAUCUGACUCUCAUAGACCUGAGCAACAACAGCAUCAGCUCGCUCGCUCCACUGACCUUCAGCAACAUGACUCAGCUCUCCACGCUCAUCCUCAGCUACAACCAGAUCCGCUGCAUCCCGGUGCAGGCCUUCGAUGGACUGCGCUCCUUACGCCUCCUAACCCUCCAUGGGAACGACCUUUCGACCAUCCCGGAGGGAGCCUUCAACCACUUGACGUCUUUAUCCCACUUGGCCCUGGGCGCGAACCCGCUGUACUGUAACUGUGACCUGCGCUGGCUCUCCCAGUGGGUCAAGGCGGGCUUCAAGGAGCCAGGCAUCGCCCGCUGCACCGGGCCCCCCGACAUGGCCGACCGCCUUCUGCUCACCACCCCCCUCAACCGCUUCCAGUGCAAAGGCCCCGUGGAUUUGAACCUGAUGUCCAAGUGCUCCCCCUGCCUGGCCUUGCCCUGUCAGCACAAUGGCACCUGUGUGGGCGACCCCUCAGGCUCAUACCAGUGCACCUGCCCCUUCGGAUACAAGGGCCGUAACUGUGAGGUAGCCAUCAAUGCCUGCAUCAGCUUCCCCUGCCUCAGUGGCGGGACCUGCCACGUGAUGCCAGGCCAGGAGGACCAGUUCAGCUGCGUGUGCCCGCCUGGGUUCGAGGGCCAACGCUGUGAGAUCAAUCCCGACGACUGCGAGGACAAUGACUGCGAGAACAACUCCACCUGCGUGGAUGGCAUCGACAACUACACCUGCGUCUGCCCCCCCAACUAUGCAGGUGACCUGUGUGAUGAGGUCAUCGAUCAUUGUGCCCCCGGUUUUGACCCCUGUCAGCACGACGCCAAAUGCAGCACCCUAGCCAAAGGCUACAGGUGUGAGUGUCCCCCGGGCUACGUGGGUCAGAACUGCGAGCAGGACUACAACGACUGCCUGGAGAACAAGUGCCAGCACGGGGCGCAGUGUGUCGACGCCGUCAACGGCUACACCUGCAUCUGUAAGGAGGACUUCAGCGGGCUGUUCUGUGAGGUCCCACCUCCCAUGAUCCUCCUGCAGACCAGCCCAUGUGACCAAUUAGACUGCCAGAAUGGGGCGCCGUGCCUGCUGGUUGCUGAGGAGCCCCUGUGCCGCUGCCUGCCCGGAUUCUUCGGCAGCAAGUGUCGCAAGAUGGCCGCCGUGCACUUCCUGGGCAAGGACGCCUACGUGGAGCUGCCGGGUGCCAAGCCCCGCCCUACUGCUCAGAUCUCGCUCCAGGUCGUCACGGACACAGACAACGCGAUCCUGCUGUACAAAGCGGACCAGGACCCUCUGGCUCUGGAGCUGUACCAGGGCCACGUGCGCCUCGUGUACUACAUCUCUGGCUAUCCGCCCACAACUGUGUACAGUGACGAGACCGUAAACGACAGCCUCCUCCAUACAGUCGAGCUUCUCAUGCAGAACCACACCUUAGUUCUGGUGGUGGACAACGGCGCCCCCAAGAGCCUGGGAAAGCUGUCGCGACAGCCCUCAAUCGACCACAACACGCACCUGUAUGUCGGAGGUGCGCCACCUAUGGUGGGGGCUCCAGCUCUGCGGCAAAGCGGCUCCCACGCCUUCAGAGGCUGCAUCCUGGAUGUAAGAGUGAAUGGCGAGCUGCAGGACCUGGGCGCCGGCCGCCGGGGGAGGCAGGAUGUGCAGUCAGGCUGCCACUUAUGCAGCGUGUGCGGGCAUGGGACCUGCCAUCAGCGGGGAGACACCGGGGUGACCUGCGAGUGCCCGGCUGGCCGUGGCGGACUCCUCUGCGACCACAAUAAUGAGCCCAGUCCCUGUCUGGCCAGCAGGUGUGUGCACGGCACCUGUGUGCCCAAAGGCUCCUCCUAUAGCUGCAAAUGCUCCGAGGGCUACUCCGGCCAAUACUGCGACCGCAGGGAGGAGCCUGCAGCCUGUAGGGGGCGCCAGUGUGGGCAUGGCGAGUGUCAGCUAACGGAUGGUGGUGAGCCAACGUGCCGCUGUCAGUCGGGCUACACGGGCCCCACCUGCGAGACGGAGCUGGCCUGUCAGGGUGAGAUGUUCCGUGACGUGCUGAAGCGACACAUGGGCCACAAGACCUGCACCUCCACCAGCAAGGUUCCCCGCGUGGAAUGCUCCCGGGCCUGCCAGGGUGGGCUGUGCUGCGCCCCCGUCAAGAUCCGCCGGCGGAAAGUGGUCUUCAAAUGCAGCGACGGGUCCUCGUUCUCUGAGGAGCUGGAAUCCCCUGUGGAAUGCGGCUGCACAAAGUGCCUGUUGUAAACCCCCAGGGGGCACAGAAAGGACAUGGCGUGAGGGCCAAAGAAAUAUAUUGUAAAAUAAAACAAAUAGAACUUAUUUUUAUUAAGGGAUUUUUAAGAGACUUGUUUUUUAAAAAAAAAUAUGUGGGGUAUAUGUGUCAUGAGGCUUUAUUACAUACCGUAAAUAAAUAAACCAACAAAACAGAUUAGCAUUUCUGAAAUUAUAUAAAUUUAUAUGUGUGUGUGUGUAUGUGUAUAAAUCUAUAUAAAUGUGUAACCUAACCUGAGGAUCGGACCUGCUCUGUACUGCAUGUCUUUGUGAGUGUUGGAAAAGAAGCUUUGGGACACUGAGGUGCAAGUGAGGAGUUUCGUUCCGCUGAAAGAGGAGGGAUCUGAGGGGGCAGGAAGUGCCCUCCCCCCCACAAGACUAUCAAGACAGUCAAGCUCUCACCCUCAGUGUUGGAAGCAAAAUAAGAAAAAAAAAAUGAACUGGACCACAUUUUAGCAAAGUUUAUAAUGGACCUCAGACUUACAGGGCCACUUAUUGGUCUGGACUCUCUCCUCAGAAGCUGAGAAAUGUGAUUUUUUUUUUUAUGGGGAGGUGCACGUCUCCGGAGCACAUACCCAGACAUCGUCUUCCUCCUGGUCUUCCUCCGAACCCCCGGUAAAUGCCCCCCACUGUUCCCCUGUGAGCCCCUCAGCAGCUGCCCCACGCAUCCUACGGGGGAGGGCAGAAUGUGAACUUCAAUCUCUGAAUGACGGGUGAAGUGUUUGUGCCGUGGGGGUCCUGAGGACGGCAGCUGCCCCCCACCCCCCAAUUGCUCACGUUUUUGAUGGUUAGGAUGUGGUACUGCUGUUUGACAGUUCAGUGUUGGUUCGUACCAUUCUUGUCCCUCACUAUGUUAACUAUUAAACAAGCAUAUGAAGCCUGUUACUACUGUAAUGUUUACCUUAUACCUGUUCCUUAUAUAUUUUCCACAGGAAGUGCGGUCAGUGUGCCCUACGCCCAUGAGAUGUUAGUUACUUAAGUAGUGUGAAUGUUCUCAGAAGACCUCCUAAUCACAGUACUGGGCCUCGGGCCCAACACGGCUCUGGACUCAAGAACAAUCUACAUAGUUAAUGAGCUUCCUAAUGGCUUGAAGAUACUUUAUAUUAAAACUUUUAAUGUCUAUUAUGGUGUGACUAAUAAAAGUUCUGUCUUCCAGACAUAGAUAUUUUCUGGUAAAAUAUGAAAACGAGUGUUGUGUACUUAUACUAAAUGUUGAAUUAAAUCCUAUUGGAAUUGAA